AUGGAGCACUAUCGAAAAGCUGGCUCGGUGGAGCUCCCCGUGGCUUCUCCCAUUCCCCAGCUACCUCCUGAUACCCUGGAAAUGCGAGUCCAAGCUGGCAGCAAAAUCCGCAACCUCCUGGAGCUGGCUCUGGGGCAGUUAGAAGGAGGCAGCACCCGCCACGUGGUGUUCUCCGGCUCUGGUCGAGCAACAGGGAAGGUUGUCAGCUGUGCUGAGAUUGUCAAAAGGCGGGUUCCAGGCCUGCAUCAGCUCACCAAGCUGCGCUACCUGGAGACUGAGGACAGCUGGGUCCCUGCUUCACCUGACACAGGCCUAGACCCUCUCACAGUGCGCCGCCAUGUGCCUGCAGUGUGGGUACUGCUCAGCCGGGAACCCCUGGACCCCAAUGAAUGUGGCUAUCAGCCACCAGGGGCCCCCCCUGGCCUGGGAUCCACUCCUCGCUCGAACAGUGGCCCUCGACCACGAAGAAGGGCUCGAGACACCCAGCCCUGA